AUGAACAUGGGAAAAGAAGUCCAGCUAAAGCCCAAGGCAAAUGUCUCUUCUUACGUCCACUUUUUGCUGAAUUACAGAAACAAGUUCAAGGAGGAGCAGCCAAAUACCUACCUUGGCUUUAAAGAGUUCUCUAGAAAGUGUUCGGAAAAAUGGAGGUCUAUCUCAAAGCAAGAAAAGGCCAAAUAUGAAGCCCUGGCUAAGCUUGACAAAGCCCGAUACCAGGAAGAGAUGAUGAAUUACCCUGGCAGGAAGAAGAAUAAGAAGAGAAAGCGGGACCCCCACGCACCCAGACGACCUCCAUCGUCCUUCCUACUCUUUUGCCAAGACCACUAUGCCCAUCUCAAGUGGGAGAAUCCAAACUGGUCAGUAGUGCAGGUGGCAAAGGCCUCGGGGGAGAUGUGGUCAGCAAUGACAGACAACGAAAAGCAGCCCUAUGAACAAAGGGCAGCUCUCCUGAGAGCUAAGUACCAAGAGGAACUGGGCAUCUACCGUAAAGCCAGGAAGAAGAGCCUCCAAGUGUCGGCUAAGAACAAGCGCAGAGGGUUCAAACAAACUUAG